AUGGGGACGUUACUUUCGACUCCCGUAACUGAUAAAAUAAAUGAGACAGGUGAAGGAAAUAAUUUACGUUACGGUUUGGCUAGCAUGCAAGGGUGGCGUUCUUCAAUGGAAGAUGCUCAUUGCGCUAUAACCAGACUCCCUGGGCAUCUGAAGGAUUGGUCAUUUUUUGCAGUUUUUGAUGGCCACGCGGGAGCUCUUGUGUCUGAACAGUGCGCCGCAGAACUUCUUAAUGCAAGUUCCCUUCUUGUUAUCUUUAUUGAGGCUUUCUUUCGCAUAGUUGAUACCGAGGAGUUCAAGAAUAUAGACCCGGAAUUGGCUCCUAGCAUUGAAGAAAUACGUGAGGGUAUUCGAGAGGGUUUUCUUUCCCUAGACGAGGAUAUGCGAAAACUACCUCAAAUUGUUAAUGGACUCGAUCGAUCGGGCUCAACCGCCGUUUGUGUCCUCAUUACACCCAAACACCUCUUUUUUGUCAAUUGUGGUGACUCCCGUGCUGUGCUGAUUCGUGAUGGUGUCGUAGGUUUUGCUACUACUGAUCACAAACCGACCCAUCCUAAUGAGCGCAGACGUAUUCAGAAAGCAGGUGGAUCAGUUGUUGUUGAUCGCGUCAAUGGUAAUCUCGCCGUUUCAAGAUCCUUGGGUGAUUACUCCUACAAGACUGUUAGCAACCUUGGUCCAACCGAACAACUCGUCUCCCCUGAGCCAGAGAUAACGGUGAUCAACCGUGAUCUUGAGAAGGAUCAGAUGAUUGUGCUGGCUUGUGACGGUGUCUGGGAUGUAAUGAGCAAUGAUUACCUUUGUUCUGUGGUUAGCGAACGCAUGGGCUGUAUGGAUGACCUCUCGCGUAUUUGCAAUGAAGUAAUCGAUUACUGCCUUUAUAGUGGAAGCUCUGACAACAUGAGCAUGGUCUUGGUGGCCUUUGAACCAGCUCCCAAGAUGAUUCCAGAGAAUCAAGCCAUGGAUAAGACUCUUGAAGAAAGGGUUGAAAGCAUUGCGAAUGAAAUCGUCAGUACCGAUUCAAAAGGAUCAAUAAAUGACCUAUUGGGCUGCAUUCGCACCAGAUUGAAUGGCGAAUUCGCUCCCCACUCAGUUUUUUGCAAGGGCGCCCUGGUUCAACGAAUACUCAAUGCACAUAAUCUACCUUCACAUACAAAUGGAUCAGGAAAUAAUUCUCCAGACCCAGCUAGUCGGUGA